AAUUAUCGAAUAUUUUUACGCAAUAGCGGCACAGUCGUGAUUCCCUAUUGUUCUGGUUCUUGGUCGGAUCUUGAACUCACCGAUGAGAAUAGACUUAUAAAUCGUUCCGAUUUCAGGGGUGUUCCUGCAAAAAAUACGAAGGCAUCUCGUUUUCCUGAAACGGUCUUGUCACAAAUACAAGAAAGCCUCCGGCGAAACUAUCGAAUUUCGGCGAGCACUGUAUUUCUCGACGUCGUGAAGAGAUUAGAGAAGGGUGAUGAGGCAUUCAUAUCAACACUUAAACGUUCAUCCGAGCGAUGGCUUCCGAUGCUGCUUCGAGCUUGUGGAAAGGCUACUUCUAAUGUGCCAAACUCGUCUCGGCAACAGAUUUUAGCACGACUUUGGAACGAAGUGAACAACAGAGGUAUGGGUCAGGCCGUAGUAUCACAUUUGAGUUUUAAGAAUUUGUCUCCUGACCAGCACACCUUUCAGCUUCUCCUUACUAGCCUUGCUCGGUCGGGCGAUGUCGAAGGAUGUAGAACAAUGGUGUAUGAAAUGGCUAAACGUGGUUUCCUGGUGGACAGUGCUUGUAAUGAUGCACUUGUGUAUUGCUUUGCGGUCAGAGGACAUCAUGCAAAGGCUGACUCACUAGUUGAGGCUCUGAGAAAGUAUGGUGCGGACGCUGUUUCGAGCUCUCAAGGAGCGUGCGCUAAAGCUGCUGCUGCUCGUGCAGAUUUGAAUCGGCUUAGGACGGUUCUACGACGCGCAGUUGUUGGGGAGGAACGCAAACUUAUUCUUUCCGCAAGCGAUAUUUUGGAAACUAUUUGGCUGUUAUCAGAAAAAAGCUUAGACGGAGAUGGAGCGGAGUUUGUCAAUCUCACGGAGCAGAUGCUCAAUCAUACAUGUCAUGGGUCUGGAUUUUUCCGACUGUUGAUUCGUGAAAUUGAAACGCACAUCAUGCACCAACACUACUAUACAGCUGUAGCUCUUCUGGAAGAUACAAAUAGGGUAUCGGAUUGUUUAAAAAACCAACAGAAGUCUCUCUUUUUAAACCAAAUUAUUAGUCAACUCAGCCGACAAGUGAUUCGUAAUGAAGUGAAUGUAGCGAAAAUCAACGAUAUCGCCAACCGAGUGGUUGCUAUUUUCCAAAAUCAUUUUUCACCUAUGUUUAGGCCGCGGAUUCAUGAUGAUCUACUAUUCGCCGCCAUUAUGUACAAGGAGUUUAGUAUAGAUAAAAGAAUGGAAUACGUUAGUGCCUUAGUGGAUAUGGUGGAUAGGGAACGAACUCGACACCAUUUGAUAUUACCGCUGCUAACCAGCACAGAUGAUGUGGAAGAUCGACUGAAACUAAUUUUCCGUUGCUGCAACUUGGGAUAUAAGGAUUUGUCACAACAUGAUAUUUCCGUUUUAUCCCACCUUUUGCUUAGGCCAAUUUACGGUGUGUCUGCACCCUCCUCUGGUUUUAGUAUUUCGAAACUGGAUAAGGUGGCUAGAAUACUCCGAAGUUAUGGCGUAGGCAACGAUUCGAUAUGGCAAACCAUAUACGCAUGGUGGCAAGACCAAACUUCUCGUGAGAAACGUAUGGAAAACCCGCAGUUAGCUAAACGACCGUCGGCCGGUGAAUUGCAAGGGUUAGUUUUUCUCUACUACAAAUGUGCAUUCUGUUCGGUUAAAGGUCCAAUUUUUCCAACAACGUACGACAGGUUGAAGAAAUUUGUGGAUGAUCGGGAUUCAUCGAAAGUAUAUGCCUUUGUUUCAUCGUAUGGUUGGCCUGAUGAUACGAAUUUCGAGGAAGUUAUACCUGAUCUUCUAGAUCUUUAUCUUAGUCAUGAAGAAUGGGGAAAUGUCAAAAAAAUGCUUAUUUCUUUAUGGCAAAAGGAAGAAGAUCCUUCGUAUUCUCCUAUCAAAAACUACCAUUUGUUGCAAAUUCUCAGGCGGUUGUCGAAUGAAGGCGAAGAAAUUUCUUUGCGGAAAAUUAUAAACUAUUCUUAUGAGUUGCGCCGACUAUUUCCCGAUGCUGUCGCAAACUACGACACUUUUUUCAACACUUUGCACGAGUACAACAAAUUGUUCGGAAGGUGUUUUGAAAGGCUUCCUAAUCCGUCAGUGGAGAAAAUUGAUGAGUGCAUUGACUUGCUGCGGACACUGAACAAAUUAGAGGUUCUCCUGCUGCAUCCAAGUGAGACACUCACAUCUGUAUUCAUUAGCAACGAAGCGGUCAAUACAUGGAUGAAAUUUCAGUCUGGCUUGUAUUGUUCUAACGGCAUUGUAGCCCUAUUGCGAUAUAGCAUUAUGCAGAAAUCCGAUAAUUCUAAGCGCAACAUACAAUAUGGUAAGUAUGCGUUGGGCAGCCAACAUGCCCAUCUUUUUUCUAAAAUAAUGAUAAUAAAGUUGUUUAAGUCGGAAAUCGACCCACUUGACUGCAUAAUGGCAAUGCGAUUUAUGAACGCUUUAAAAGCAAAAAUGGUGGACGAAGAGUUCAUCCGACAAUUUACUGAACUCUGUUUGAAAUAUACUACACUUAGCACGGACAUUGAGGCUAUACGACAACUUCAGGCAGACUGGAUUCGUACUUGUGAACAACGAAAACUGGCACCUCUUGCACUUCGAUUGUAUGAUUUGUUCAAGCGCUAUGGGAUUGAUCUACAGGACAACGAAAAACUUCGGUUAUGGAGUCUUAUUGGUGAACAUGAAAUUCUUGCGAAGUAUGUUUUUCAACCUCACGGCUUUUUACGAAUUAGCGCUAAUGACGACUUGAUUCAAAACAGUGAUAUUGGACAGAUUAAACGUGUUCUUGAAGAUGAAAUCUCUACCAGCAGAAGUCUGGCAUUGUAA